AGAGAGGGGAAGAUGCCGAUGCCUUCUUCUUCUUCUUCCUCGCUUCACCUUGGCAGCUGCUACCCCCCGCGCGCCGAGGCGAAGCCGACGCGAAGCAACGAAUUUACAGCGGCCGCCGCGCGAUCGAGCAGCGCGGGAAUGGAUUGGUAGAUCGGCGGCGGUGGUGCUCGGAGGAGGGAGGAGGUGAGUUCGUCGGGGUACGCUGAUUCGUUGGGUUGGGUAGGCGGAUCGGAUCAGGGAGGAGGAGGAGGAGGAGGAGUUGUAUGAUUCCGUGGUGGUGGUGGUAAUCCAUGUCACGCAUGAAGCAUCUGCUGCGGAAGCUCCACCUCUCGGGUGGGGGCGGGAGCGGCGGAGGAGCGGCGGCGGCGGGGGCCCCGUCGGGGGAGCACCACCACCGCCCGCGGCAGCAUCGGCGGUCGUCGGCGCAGCCCCCGCCGCUGCCGCCUCCUCCGGUCGUCGCCGCGGCGGCGGCGGCCGAGGCGGCGCCGGUGAUGGCUCCUGUUGCGGCUCCGGUGGCGGCGGCGGCGGCGGAGCCGAGGGGGAUGGGGGCGGACGCGACGAUGACGCGGCUGGAGGAGGAGUACCAGGUGCGGCUCGCGCUGGCCAUCUCGGCGUCGGAUCACGCGGGGCUCGUGGACGCCGACUCGGUCCAGAUCCGGGCCGCCGAGCGCAUCAGCCUCGGCGGCGCCGCCGGGGACCGGGGCCCCAUGGAGGCCCUCUCCGCGCGGUACUGGAACCACUGCGUCGUCAACUACGACGAGAGGCUCUCCGACGGGUUCUACGAUGUGUGCGGCGCGCCGAUGCAUCCGCACUUCCAGGCCAAAUUCCCCUCCCUGACCACCCUCAGGGCGGUUCCCGUCGGUGGAGACGCCGCGUACGUGGCAGUUUUGGUCAAUCGGGAGCGUGAUCCGGCGCUGAAGCGGCUCGAAGGGAGGGCUCUGGCAAUUGCCGCGCAGGAUAGGGCGGAGCAUGGUGGAGUCGCUUCGCCGGAGCUCGUGCAGAAGAUUGCAAACCUUGUGGUUGAUGCUAUGGGCGGUCCGGUGGAUGAUGCUGAUGAAAUGAACAGGGAAUGGGGAGUGAAGAGCCGCGCGCUAUGCCUUCAGCGCAACAGUAUUGUUCUCCCUCUUGGUUUGCUUCGCAUUGGGUUGUCGCGCCACAGAUCUUUGCUAUUUAAGGUACUAGCUGAUCGAGUUAAUCUACCAUGCAAGCUUGUCAAAGGAAUAUAUUAUACGGGGACAGAUGAAGGGGCUAUUAACUUGGUUAAAAUUGAUUUUGACAGUGUUGAAUAUAUAGUUGAUCUGAUGGGAGCUCCAGGCACAUUAAUCCCUUCAGAUAUUUCUGGCAGUCAGUUUCAGGACUCCAACAAUAGUCAACUGAGCAAUGAUGCCAUCGAGGAGAGUGUUGCAGAACUAUGCAUAGCCCUUGAGCAGAUUAGUGCUGGAUGUAAGAAUACAAGUGACAUGGGGGGAAGUUCAUCUGAACAAAAAUCUGCUUUAGCACUUGCAAGUUCACAGCUGGAAGACAUCUUCCACACAGAGAACCCGCUUAAACAAAGUACCAUAUCUGAUGGAGGGGAAAUUCCGCAUCUGAUGAAAGUCAACGAUGCUCCCAUGUAUUUAGUGCCCACAGAAGUGGACCCACAGUUUGCACAAAAUUUGCAAGACUUGCUCCUGGAGGGCACUGCAUUGCUACCCACCUAUGAGAAACCUGAAAUAUGCAAACAUACUGCUUCUGAAGAUGACAAAACUGCAGGAUGGUUGGUAAUCGCUAAAACAGGUCAAAAUUUGCCAAAUGGUCAUGUAGCGGAAGAUUCUCCAUUGCAACAUGGCAAUACCAAAACACUAGCAGUAGUGAAUUGUUUCCAUGAAGAUGCACAGCAUGAUGUGGGGAAUACAGAAGCAAUUGGCAGAAAUUUGGAUUUGCAUGAUCAUACAGCUCAUGCCAUUGCCAACGAGGACCAAAGGUUUUCUGAGGACUCUUUGGUGAAGAUGCCAGGAAGUAGCAAUGGAAACUUGGACAAGUCGAGCUGUUCUAGCACGAAAACAAUCAGCUCUGUUAUAGAUGACGUUGCUGACUAUGAAAUACCAUGGGAAGAUCUUCAUAUUGGAGAGCGCAUUGGUCUAGGUUCAUAUGGGGAAGUAUAUCAUGCAGAUUGGAAUGGCACUGAAGUUGCAGUGAAGAAAUUUCUUGACCAGGAUUUAUCGGGUGUUGCACUAGAUCAAUUCAAAUGUGAAGUUGGGAUCAUGUCAAGGCUGAGGCAUCCAAAUGUAGUUCUGUUCUUGGGAUAUGUGACACAACCACCAAAUCUUUCGAUAUUAACUGAAUACCUUCCAAGAGGGAGCCUUUACCGCCUAUUGCAUAGGCCAAACAGUCAAAUUGAUGAAACACGAAGGCUAAAAAUGGCAUUGGAUGUGGCAAAAGGGAUGAACUACUUGCAUGCUAGCCAUCCUACUAUUGUGCAUCGUGACUUGAAAUCCCCAAAUCUUUUAGUGGAUAAAAAUUGGGUUGUUAAGGUGUCAGAUUUUGGCAUGUCAAGGUUGAAACAUCACACUUUCCUGUCCUCUAAAUCAACAGCUGGAACACCGGAGUGGAUGGCACCAGAGGUUCUACGUAAUGAGCCAUCAAAUGAGAAGUGUGACGUAUACAGUUUUGGAGUAAUCCUAUGGGAACUAGCAACAAUGCGUGUACCAUGGAGUGGACUGAAUCCAAUGCAAGUUGUAGGAGCAGUUGGGUUCCAGAACAGGCGACUAGAAAUUCCCAAAGAAAUUGACCCACUGGUGGCUACCAUAAUAUCUUCGUGCUGGGAAAACGAUCCAAGCAAACGACCAUCGUUCUCCCAGCUCUUGUCACCGCUGAAGCAAUUACAGCGGUUAGUUGUUCCAGAAAACUGCUGACAUCCCUUCCUGAGAAAAAAAAAGUCUCAGGUCAAACAAAAAAUACAAGUAUGUAAGCUCUACUACUACAGAGGCCAAGUUUUUCAUGUUGAAGCUUUGUGGAGAUGUAUUCGCAGUCUCUGCAUGCAGGAUGGAUGUGCAUGGACGAAGGUUCUAUGCAUCCUGUUGUGAAAAAAAAAAUGUGACAAAACUCUCUCUGAAGCCGUGCAAAGGCGCUGCUGGAGAAAGCAAUAGUGUGUUAGUUCCAAGUGAAGAAAUGUGGUGCAACACGAAGUGCUCUGUGCCAUCGUAAAUAAUUUGUUCAGUUCUGGAAUUUGGAACGGUGAUUCUGAGAAUCAGAAUUUAACCACAAAGAUAGGAUCUUGGUUUUCGUUCUUUUUUGUCUUGCUUCAUAAUUGGAAAAAGGAGAAAAGGUCAGGUUAAAAAAAAUGGAAAAGGGAAAACGAAAUCAAAAGUUUUGUGGCGUCUGCAAAAAGUUGCGGCCCGGUAUUUAACCAGAUGCAAAUCUUGUAUAUCAUUUAUACAGAGUUUUACUCUGCAUCGACUUGAAUAUGCAUCUUAAUAUCUUAUUACCUUUGGUCCUCUUUCCUAUAAUAUUGAAUGGUUACUAGCGGAGAUAUUGUUGGUAUGGUGAUGAUGAUGUAAGUUCUGGUGCCCAUAAUUAUGUACACGUUAUGUUUGAGCGCA